ACUGUACCGCGGAUCGAAGAGGCGGGAGGAGAUGGAGAAAAGCGAUCCAUGUGAAAAGCACAUGCGAGUCGCGAGUCCUCUGCGCAUGCCGUUGGAGACGUGUUAUAAAGGCACAAUUCUGUCGUUAGAUUAAUGGGAUGGAAUCGGCACCACUGCAGGAUGCGCUGGGACGAUUCAACGACAACUGCAAGGAUUUCUUUCACCCGCGCGCCCUCACUGAAAUCACGGAGCAGCCGAGCCCGCUUGAAUUUCACAGGCGCUGGGUUUCACCCAACUUGCCUGUCAUCGUACGAGGCGGCGUGUCUCACUGGACUGCGGUAAAUAAAUGGACCCGUACCUACCUGAGGGAAAAAGUCGGGGACCUAGCGGUCACCGUGGCUGUCACUCCGAAUGGUUUUGCGGACGCAGUGCACGAAGGUGUGUUCGUGACACCCGAAGAACGUGUCAUGAAGUUCGGAGAGUUUUUGGACAUUCUCGAAGCCUGCGAACGCCCCAAAGCGGUGUUCUACAUUCAGAAGCAGAAUUCCAACUUCACCGACGAGUUUAGGGAGCUUGCGGACGACGUUGAGACUGAUGUUUGCUGGGCCACCGCAGCAUUCGGCAAGGCGCCCGACGCGGUCAACUUUUGGAUGGGCGAUGAGAGGGCCGUCACUUCGAUGCACCGCGACCACUACGAGAACAUUUACUGCGUUGUUUCGGGCUACAAAGACUUCAUCCUGCUGCCACCGACAGAUUUACCGUGGGUGCCUUACGGAAAUUACAAAACUGGACAAUUUCGUCAAGUUGCCAACGGUCGGUUUGACGUAAUCGCUUCAGGUGAUGGUUCAUCGGUGCCAUGGAUUCCCUUAGAUCCAGAAAAUCCGGACUUCGACAGAUACCCACACUAUCGACGAGCAUCACCAGUUAAAUGUAGAGUCGGCGCUGGUGACAUACUCUACCUUCCUUCCUUGUGGUUCCACCAUGUCCGACAAAGCCAUGGUUGUAUUGCGCUCAAUUACUGGUAUGACAUGGAAUUUGACAUCAAGUAUUGCUAUUACAAGCUUCUGGAAGAUUUGUCUCCAAGAAGUAAGAACUGUUGAAAUAGUUUCCCAUCUCCCAUUGACUUUUGUAGUGAGUGUAAUCACCCAGACUACUGAACAAGGAAAAUGCAGAAAUUUGAAUCAUCAAUAAGAAAUUUAAUCACAACAAGGGCACACUUCAGACUAUUGCAACAAUACAACACAAAAAUUAAGAACACCUUGCAUGUCUUAGGACCAGUAGAAGGAACACAAAUCCGUUUGUACAAGUACAAAAGUGCAUAUGUUAGUAGGCAUGACAUUGCCUCCAAAGGCAACCCAAUGCAAUGGGCUUAAGAACCAGAGAUACGUCGUGCGGGCCAAAUUUGGCAAAGCAGCCCUGACCAAAACCAAGCUGUGAUUACGCCUCCGGAGAAGCGGAACUUGCUUGGUAUUUUCGUUGCAUUAAGUACCAGCUCUGUUGGCAAUGCAAACAGAUGCACCAACAACUCAUGAAAGCUUUCUCCCAGAAAAUAAAUUAUUAAUGCAGAGAAAAAAA